ACAUCUAUAGUCGUUGCGGCUCGCAGGUGGGACAUGCUCCCGUACGCCAUUUUUAAAAGGAGCUCUCAGUCGCUAAUCAGCAGUCGCGCGGCAGAGUGCAAAAGUAACAUUGGUUAAUAGCGGCUUUCUCGUUAACGAGACUUUUACGAAAAUUUAUUUCUUUUAUCGAUAUUGCGAGUGAGAAAAUCGUUUGAUAUUUCCUUGAUACAUUUCGCGAUGACAACGGCGUGAUUUAAGGAACGUGCGAAUCGUGAAUCGAAGUGCGUCGGUAGUUCCUUUAUCUGUCGCGACUGGGAUUUGGUCGGUGGUCGGUGUAAGUACGAUCGAGUCUGAUCACUCUCGUCAAACCGCGCGAUUUGGAAAGAGAAAGUAGAUAGCUAGUGAAAGAAGGAAAGACAGGGAUAUCGAAAAAGACAAAGAGAGACAGAGGAAAAGGAGACAGCAGAUAGUAUAGACCCUAGAACCAGAGAACCAUUACUACACAAAAACAGGCAGCAUGUCCAGUGCGCCGCAAGUUUCCAGCGGGCUUAGCAAGCUCAAAAAAAAACAUUUCCGCGUGAAGCAUCAAAAGGUUAAACUCUUUCGUGCUAAUGAGCCGCUCUUAAGCGUCUUCAUGUGGGGUGUUAAUCACACGAUAAAUGAACUUAGUCAUGUUAAUAUACCGGUAAUGCUCCUACCAGAUGAUUUCAGAGCUUAUAGUAAAUUAAAAGUAGAUAACCAUCUUUUCAACAAAGAAAAUAUGCCCUCUCAUUUUAAGAUCAAAGAGUAUUGUCCAUUGGUAUUCCGUAAUUUGCGUGAAAGAUUUGGCAUAGAUGACUUGGAUUAUAAAGAGUCUAUGACAAGAUGUCGAGCAUAUAAUCCUUCGCGACGUUCGGGUUUGGCCAAACUCAGUGGGAGGACUCAUCAAUUGGUUCAGCGUUCAGCUACUGCUCCCUCAAUAAACUUUACUCCUCCUCCUUUUGUAUCUCAAAUUCCAGUCUUAAGUAAACCACUACGUACCUACAGUUUUAAACCAAAACGCUUGAGAUCACAACCUAUACUUGAUGAUUCAUCAGGUAAAAGUGGUGCUAAAUUUUAUCAAUCUUAUGACAAACUAUUUAUUAUCAAAACUCUUACAAGCGAAGAAGUUGAAAGGAUGCACUCGUUCUUAAAACAUUACCAUCCAUAUAUUGUGGAACGACAUGGAAAAACCUUACUACCACAAUACCUUGGCAUGUAUCGAUUAACAGUGGACGGUGUUGAACAUUAUGUUGUUGCCAUAAGAAACGUGUUUUCUAAUCAUUUAACAACGCACAAAAAAUUUGACCUGAAAGGUUCAACUGUAGAUCGUGAAGCAUCUGAUAAAGAAAAGGAAAAGGAUCUUCCUACAUACAAAGAUAAUGAUUUUGUUAAGGAAGGAAUGAAAAUUUACAUAGGAGAAGAAGCAAAAACAAAACUUAUAGAAACUUUAACUGCUGAUGUUGAUUUUCUAACAAGAUUACACUUAAUGGAUUAUUCCUUACUACUUGGUCUACAUGAUUGUGCUCGUGCAGAACAAGAAAAUAGAGAACGUGCAGAAAGAGAAGAGGAUGAAGAUAAUCAUGAUGAAGAAGAUGACAGUGAGUCUGGUAGUGGAUUAGAUUCUCGAGGCCCAAUGGGAGAUCGUCUUUGGGGUUGGAGUGGAGUUACAGGUAUGGCUACACCACCAGAAUCACCUCAUGCAGCAUUAGUACGUGAUACGAGCCUUCAAUACGAGGAUGCAAUAAUACCUGAACUAGAUAUAUAUGCUAUUCCUAGUAAAGAAGGUGCCCCUACAAAAGAAAUAUACUUUUUGGCCAUAAUCGAUGUUUUAACGCAUUAUGGUGUACGUAAACAAGCUGCAAAAGCAGCUAAAACAGUGAAGUAUGGUGCCAAUGUGGAUGGUAUAUCAACAUGUGAUCCUGAACAGUAUGGUAAACGAUUUAUAGAAUUUAUGAGUAAAGCCAUAGAAUAAUUUUACUAUUUUCUAUUAUGGAACUUGUAAAGAUGCAUAAAGAAUCUAAGGAUCGUGAAGGUACUACCCGCUUACACUUUUGUUUUAGUAAAAUAUGACAAUGAGAAAUAUUAUCAAAGGUUUCACUAGUAAAGUUCACUUACAGAAUGCGACACCAAGUGCAGUCCUUAAAAUGCCUACAGUUAGAGUAAAACGUCAUUAUUUUUCUCUGCACAAUUUAAAAUGGCGAAUUUAUUCUUAACUGGUAUUCAUUGACACAUUAUUUUGUCACGUAAAAUUAUUUUAACCGUUGAAUUUUUGCACGAACUUUGUAUGUCAUAUAAAUAAUAUUAUUCUUAAGCUUAAGCUUAUUUUUUGACUGAGUCCGUGCUUUAACUAAUAUGGUUAUGUUUAUAUAUUGUAUGUACAGAGACUUUUACAGAGAGAGAAAAAAAAACUUUAUAACAUAGGAGUUUUUUCAUAUACUUUUAAUCCGCUAAUUUUAUAACUAAAUAACAAUGAUGCUGAAUAAAGCAUUCAAUAUAGUUUAUAGAAUUGAAGUUGUAAUAAAAUAUGACACAUGGAUUUAAAUUUUAAUUGUUUAUGAGUGUAUCAUGUGUAUUCCAUUAGAUGGGAUAUACUUACAAACAAUAAGAACAAAAAUAUAAAUUGUAAAUGUUAAUCUACCGUCAUUGGUAUACAUAAUGCUUUACAAAAGCUAUGAUAAUUAUUGUAAAGGGCAACAGAAUUAUGGUAUUAACAAGUUAUAGAGAAAAAUAUCCAAAAAUAAUGUUGAUGUUAUAUGUAAUAGUACUCAAGAAGGGUAUAGUUAAACAUUCUGCAGAGACUUACUCACGGUAAGUUUCAAGAAAUCAGUAAAACGAUUGUAGCGUUUUUGAUUUCAUUAUUGCAGGACUGAGAGUGAGAAUUAAAAUAUUUAAAGUAAGACAUAUGAUUGGAGGAGUAUUCCAAUGCGUUUUUCAUUUUGGUAGUGUAAUAAAGAGAAUAUAAAAUAAUAUAUGUGCAGAAAACACUAUACAUAAAAAGGCUUAAAAUUAAAUACAUAUAUAAAUAUAAUAAAACUGAGUAAAUGUUAUAAAAUCUGUAAAUCUCUAAUUUCGGUUAUAUACUGUAUAUUGUGAAGCGAUUUUAUGUUUGGAAACAUAUUCGCUUAGCUCGUCGAAAAUCUAAUAGGGAACAAAAUCAAUUAUAUUAUGUACCUAUGAUGCGCGCGAUAUAUGUCUCCUUUAAUUUUUGGCGUUGCUUACUACAAAAAAGGCAAUGCCAUGAUAAAGCAUCAUUGUGUAUGGAUAGUCAUUGCAGUUAUACACUUUUUGCUUUAAGUAUUGUUAAUGCUAUUUUUGCAAGUUUCUAAGUAACCGGUAGCACAAGAGAUUACUCUACAACCCUUUAAGCAUAAAUUGAACUAAUAUUUUACUUAAGUUUUUCCAAUAAAUGUCGUUUACUAGUUCAUUCGCAUUUGAUAUAACUAUAUCUACUGCAUGAAAGAAAGUGCACCGUUGAAUAAGACUAUCUUUAAACGAUUUAAUAAUCGAUUUUUAUAAUUUGUUAGGAUUGAUCAAGAUAUAACAACUAAUUACUUUACCAAUUAAGAUAUUCAUCUAGUCUCGAUACUUUAUAUGAUUUUAUACAUUGUCAGCACAUUAAGAAAAUAGAGGAGAUAACAAAAUUGAAUCAUAUUUGACAGUAACUACAUUAUACAAUAUCAUUUGAUAUGAUACGCUCAAUUUGUAGCAUAUAGAAAUUGUAUCAUAUAUAUAUAUUGAAUUAAAUUUUUAUUACAGCUUUUUCAUUAUAAUGACACUGUUUUAAAAAAAAUGUUUACUGCAAAUAUGCUUCCACAAAUCACUGCUCUAUAGGAUUUUUUCCAUACUCUUUUUCUAUGAGGUAUUUCACAUAACUUGCAAGAUACUUUUGUAUUUAAAUUAUAUUAAUGAAAAAUACUACAUUAAUAUGUUAAAUUUACCUUUUCAUAAGCGGCACUGUAUAAAAAUUAUGUAUAUAUUCAGUAUUUUGUUGAUGGCAAUAUAUUCCAAGUUCUGUUAUUAUAAUUGUAUUUUUCACUUAAAAUGUCUGUUGUAUAAGCUUUGGGGAAAUAAGUGGAGACCUAAAAUCCAUAGAACUCGAAUAAAGACACAUUAUUAAAAAAGAA